ACAAUCUCACUUCCAGGUGGUUUCUUAGAAAGCACAGAGAGAGUGAGAGGAAGAAGACGACGACGACGACGACGAUGGCGAUGACGGGGUUGGGAAAGCACAAUUAAUUCCUUUUCCUUCUCUGAAAUUUUUCUUCACGGUUACUUCACCGUCGUCUACCGCCAUAAUUUUUUGGGUUUUUUUACCAGGCAAUAAAAUACCGAUUUCACCCUUUGGAGUCCCGAAAAUCCCGACUUUGUACUCGACAUCGUGACCCAAGUCUUCGUUUUCUAUCAUUUGGGUUGAUUGCUGUUGCUGCUGCAGCAGGCAGGAACCAUUUGGGCAUCCCGUUCCCUUGGUCUCAAAUUUUGAGUCUCUCUGGCUUUCUAGUUUCUACUCCUUUUCCCCACAAUUCUUUGCCAUCAUCUUUUUGCUUUCUUCUAAAUUCGGAUACCCAAAAAUGGCAGUCUCUUUCACUCCUUUGCCAUGGUGUUGGUGGGGUGGGACAGAGAAGGAGCCUGCUAACAAUGGCUCCUCAGUGAAUUCUUCUUUUGAGUGUGGUUUUGGUGGUAUGAGGGACCCCGGGGCGGUUCAAUUCCCUUCCGUUAAGGGCACGAAAAUGGCCUCGUCACCGCGAAAGGUUAAGAGGAAAUGGCUGAGUAGGGAAGAGAGGAGGGUUGAUAGGGAGUAUGAUAUUGUUAUUGUACCAUCAGAUGGUGGUGAAAUUUUGUCAGGGUCGGAGUCCGAUGACUCGGACUGGUCUAUUGGGUGGUUGGAGCCUCAUGGCCCGGGUUUCCAGAGUGACGAUGACAAAUCGGAUAAUAGUUAUGCAGUGCUGGUCCCUUGCUACAGCCCUGGCUGCAAGGAGGUGGUGGAGGAUUCCAACAAUGAGCUCUUGAGUGCCAUCAAGAACCUCUCUGAUGAAUUCUCUUCUGAUUGCAAGAACUAUAUGAAACAGUGGCUUUCUUCUCUUCAGAACUUCGACGCAUAAAUAAGCUGAUAUAUAUAUCUCAAAAUUGGCCCUAUUUUGAUGAGUUCUUCUCUGUGUGAUCCUUUUUUCGAAGACUCAAGUCUGUUACAUACUUGUAUAAUAGUAGAAAAUAUUUAGAAUGCGAUUAGGCCGCCCUGCACCAGUAGAAUCGAGCCGAGAAGCACAGAAGAUUAACAUUCAUCAGACUUAUGUGGAUGAUUUCGACGCCCCUUAAAUUUUGAGGACGGGUGGGCAGACACUUCGUGCUUUCCGGUAUGCUGGAUGCUAAUUGUCACCCUUCUGCUAUUAUCAAAUAUCCUUGGAGAAUGCUUUUUUUGGGGUUGUAAAUAAUAUGAUCAUGUUUGUGGUC